UCUGAGCGACAAAUUCGUGACAAAUGCCUGAGAGGACAUCAUUACACGAAAUUAAUUUUUGAUGGGAAUUUUGUGGGUGAGAGCAGUCAAAAAGAGCAUUUACAGAAGGUUAAAACGUACUUUGAACAGGAAGUUAUCAGACCGGAUUUGGUCAGAAAGAGGGAUGGCGUUGUAUUCAACCUCUGCCAAUAAGGAACAACCCUUCCUUCCAUUAAUAGAUAAUAAACAAGAGCACGGACAUGGCGCAGAAAUGCACGUUAACGCAGAGGACUUGAAUCGACGAGGAGAAUUUGCUGAGGACAUGAAUGAGUCGCCCAAGACAACCGCGAGGAAAUAUUCAUCAUCAAACAAAAAUUCUCAAACAAAAGACAUGGUAAAAAAUGGACGAGGUAAAGCGAUCAAAACUAGGACAAACAAAAAACGAGGAACUCAUUUCCAUUUGCCCCCAUUAUCUUUGAAGCCAGCCGAAAACGUUAAGCCGGUGGAGAGAUGGACUGCUGCAUUAGGUUUACGGGAGAACUUUGAGAUUCCUCGCGGUUUCUUGAAUAAACUGUCCGACGAGGUGCUUAGAAUCGAUCGACUUUUGAGAGAAGAAGCUAUGUUACAGCAGAUUAGAGAAACGAGGAUACUAUCUAGGCAACUGAGCGAGUCUACGGACAAGCAAAAACUCUCUUCUUUUGGACUUUCAUCGCAACAUAUUGCGCGACCAAAAUUCUCCUACUUUCCUUCGUUAACAGAGUCAUCCAUUGAGCGCCCGGGGUCCUUGAAGCCGUGUCGAUCACCAGAAAAUAAAAAUCGAGAGCUAAUGAAUCAACAGGAACUUGAGAUUCAAAGGAAAAUGAAAGGGUUUAAACAUCGUCAUUCGCAUCUCAAACAUAAAACAAAAUUACGAUAACGGAACUAAGUGCAUUCGUCAAGGAAAAAAGGUCACAGUUGUCUCUGUUGGUUUUCCUGGGAACGAACAGUUUACAGGAUCUCGGUUGUUUACUCGUAGUUGUUUUCUGUUUGGAUCUAUAUUGAGUCUGGAAACUCGAACAUUUUCAAUACCAGGAAAGAUAACCAAAAUAGUUUUUAAUUUGCAUUUCUAAGUUAUCAAAUAUUAAACGUCUUCAAAGCGACAAAUAAACUUUUAAACUUUAUUGCAAUGAAUUCACAGAGCAUCAGCAAGUGAGAAAACGUCCUCAGUCACCGCGCUUCACACUGAACGAACACAUCGGUCAAACAUCAACGCAUGUGCGAAUGUUUCAAUGUGUGCUUUCAAGUAAGCUUUUAGGGCCUGGCUAAACUAGGAAACUUUGUUGCGGAAACAUUGUUUCCUGUUAUGUUUCCCGGGGUGGCUAAAUUAGCGCGAAAUAAACAAAAUGUUUUGCUGCCCCAGAGGCUAAACGAGAAAACAUUGCUUCGAAAAACAAAUGAGCUACGCAUGCGCAUAUGAAUAAACUGACUUGGAGGAAG